UUGGGGGUGAGGCUUUUCUGGGCACCUUGAAGGGCCUGGAGUAGGAGGUCUACUCACUGCCUGUGGGACUGUGGGUGUGUGCCUCAGUUUCUCUUUUGGUGUGGUAAUGUCUCAUCUCAAGGGGUCUUAAGGGGCUGUAAGUUGAGAUUUCUGGAGGUGAGACUGAGCUGGAGGGAGUGGGGGUGCCAUUGGCUGUAGUGUCAGGGUCGGGGGAGAAGAGGGCCCCCGUUCCCAUGCUGCCUUGGGAGUUCCCAGUCCCCUCUGCGGCCCCAGCAUUGCCUGGCACUGAGCUGCACUUGGACUCAUGCAAAACUGCAGCUGAACCUCCCACCACCCCCUUUACGCGGGCUGGUCAGAACACGCAUCACGCCGAUCGAUGGGGAAACUGAGGCUUAGAGGGGGAAGUGACCUUCCUGGGGUGACGCAGAGGCCCCGUGUUCAAUCAGGACACUCUUUGACCCCUCUGGAAGUCAGUAAUAAGGUUUGCUGAACUGGAGUUCAGAGGCCCCUGGACCCCCAAGACCAUCCAGGGAGCCUGUUGUCUUCUGGAGCACAGGAGGUCCCCAGAGGAACCAGGGUCUAGGGGACCAGGGUCUAGGAACCAAUUCAGGCCCCACGGCACAGGUGGAGCCAUGCUGCGGAUCCUGUUUCUGGCACUCUGUGGCCUGCUGACCCACACACGAGCUGACCCCGGGGCGCUGCUGCGGCUGGGCCUGGACAUCAUGAACCGGGUACAGAGUGCCAUGGAUGAGAGCCAUAUCCUGGAGCAGAUGGCAGCUGAGGCGGGCAAGAAGCGGCCGGGAAUGAAACCCAUCAAGGGCAUCACCAAUCUGAAGGUGAAGGAUGUGCAGCUGCCUGUCAUCACACUGAGCUUCCUACCUGGGGUGGGCAUCUUCCAGUGUGUGUCCACCGGCAUGACCAUCACUGGCAAGAGCUUCAUAGGUGGGAACAUGAAGAUCAUCGUGGUUCUGAACAUCACAGCCACCAACCGGCUUCUGCAGGAUGAGAAAACGGGUCUCCCCACGUUCAAGAGUGAGGGCUGUGAGGUCGUCCUGGUCAGCGUGAAGACCAACCUGCCUAGCAACAUGCUGCCUAAGGUUGUCAACAAGUUCCUGGACAGCACCCUACACAAAGUGCUUCCUAGCCUGAUGUGUCCAGCCAUCGACGCGGUCCUGGUGUAUGUGAACAGGAAGUGGGCCAACCUGAAUGCUCCCAUGCCCGUGGGCCAGAUGGGCAUCGUCAAAUAUGUCCUGACAUCCAUGCCAACCACCACAGCCAACUAUCUCCAAGUAGCCUUCAGUCCUGUGGUGCAGCAGCAAGAGGGCAACACCAUCCAGCUUGCUGAUGCCGGGGAGGCCCUCGAGUUCCCUGAGGGGUAUGCUGAAGGCUCUUCACAGCUGCUGCUCUUGGCCACCUUCCUCACCACAGAGCUUGCCCUUCUGCAGAAGUCCUUUAAUGUGAAUGUCCAGGAUAUGAAGAUUGGUAAGCUGCCCCCACAAACCACUAAGACACUGGCUGGCUUCAUCCCUAAAGUAGCUAAGGCCUAUCCCAAGACGAAGCCCUUGGUGACCCAGAUCAGGAUAAACAAGCCCCCCAAGGUCACCAUGAAGACAGGCAAGAGCCUGCUGCACCUCCAUGGCACCCUGGAGAUGUUUGCUGCUCGGAGGCGAGGGAAGGCUCCUGUAUCCCUCUUUCUCCUGGAAACUCACUUCAACCUGAAAAUCCACUACUCAGUUCGUGAGGACCGGCUGCUGAUGCUCACCUCUCUGGACAGAUUACUGAGCCUAUCACGGGAGUCCUCCUCGAUUGGUGCCUUCAGUGAGAAGGAGUUGACUGGCUUCAUCACUGAUUAUCUCCAAGAGGCGUAUGUCCCAGUCGUCAAUGAUGUGCUCCAAGUCGGGUUCCCACUUCCAGACUUGCUGGACAUAGAUUACAACCUGGCGGAGCUGGACAUAGUAGAGAAUGCCCUGGUGCUGGUGCUCGACUUGAAGCUGGACUGACGGGGGCAGGGUCUGCCCGCAUGCCACCGACCGGCUGUGCCCUCUGGAGGAGCCCCUGAUUGGAGCCGGUGGGCCUGGCCCCUUCCCACCAGUGGACACCUCCUUUGAAGAGGAGUAAGCGGGGCAGGCCGGGCUGGGCCUUGUCAAUAAA